AUGUGUUAUUUUUCAAUCAUUUUCAAGCUAAAACUUGGCAAAAAAUCUAAACUCAAGUGCUCGAUUGACGUUGCAAGGGUUGACCAGGUCCAAUCUCAAUAAUUAGAGGUGAUUUUCUAUCAAUGGUUAUAAUGUCUGAAAACUCAGUCGAACACUUAACAUGCUACUUAUAAAAUCUUUUACCUCCCUGAAACAACAUUGAGAGCAUCCCUUUCAAUAUUUUCUUUCUUGAAACAAACUGGAGGACUUAGCAAAAACUACCAAUGCUGGAAUAUUAUCAAAGUUUAAAUGGUAGAAAAAUAUAAUAUGGAUUCUCAAUUAUCCUUUGCUUAUCUUGAUCCAGAUAAAUACGCUUCCUAAGAUAUGGAAAUGGAUAAUUAUUUCGUUUGCCCUAUUUGCUUGGGUGUAGUAAUUGAUCCAUAGGUAUGUCAACACUGUGAUAAAGCUUACUGCAAAAGUUGUUUAGUGGAAAACAUGCAAUGCGCCAACAGAUGUGGAAGUAAUCAGUAUAGAAAGAUCGGUCGCUUCGCAAUGAAUACUCUUAAUGCUUUUCCAUUCAAAUCUGUAUUGUAGGAAAAAAUAAACUUGAUUGAAUAGAAGUAGUAAGUAAAUAACGAUUUGCCGCAACUUCAAGGUGGACUUGUUGUUUCUCAUUAGGGUGUGAUAGAAUUAGUAAAAUGCCCAGAUAAUCAUGAUAUGAAAAAGUAUUCAGGAAAUCCAUAUAAUAAUGGUUCUGUGAAAUGUGAUGUUUGUUACUCAAAUGAUAUUAAUGAUUAGAAAUUUUUCUUUAGAUGUAUUGGGAACUGCAAUUUUGAUGUCUGCUCAAGUUGCUAUGUACUUAUUCUAUUUGAUUAGAGAGAGAUUAUUGAAUAGAUUUAGGAAUCUAUUUAACCUAAGGAUAAAACUAGCCUAUUUUCAUCAUUGAAGAAACCUUUUGAUAAGCACAAAACAAAUGUGAAGCUGAAGGAUUCAAUGAACAAAUUAAACAUUACUAAGCUGAUGUUCUCAAAGUAAUGA